CACAGAAGCAGGAUGCGUUUGGUGUGUGCGUUGGCUCUGUUUGUGGCCCUGCUGCAGCUGGCCAACUGUCUGCGGCUGGCAGCCUUUAACAUCAAGUCAUUUGGGGACAAGAAAGCCUCCAACGCAACGCUGAUGGACAUCAUCACCACGAUUGUCCAUCGCUAUGACGUUGUUCUGAUCCAGGAGGUCAGAGACAGCGAUCUGUCAGCAACCAAAAAACUCAUGGAGCGUGUCAACAGAGGUUCUCCUCAGUUCAGGUAUGGUCACAUCGUCAGUGAGCCUCUGGGUCGCAGCACCUAUAAGGAGAGAUACCUCUUCCUCUACAGAGAGGAGAUGGUGUCAGUGGCUAAAAACUACACGUAUGAUGACGGCUGUGAGCCCUGUGGAACAGACACGUUCAACAGAGAGCCCUUUGUUGUCAUGUUCUCCUCCAAACACACUGCGGUGAGGAACUUCGUCCUGAUCCCCCAGCACACCUCUCCCGACUCGGCCGUGGAGGAGGUGGACGCUCUCUACGACGUGGUGGCUGACGUCCGCAAACGCUGGAAGACCAAUGACAUCUUGUUGCUGGGUGACUUCAACGCAGGCUGUAACUAUGUGAUGGGCUCUGACUGGCAGAAGAUCCGCCUCUUCACAGACAAGACUUUCCACUGGCUGAUCCCUAACGAGGCUGACACCACAGUGUCACACACUAACUGCCCCUAUGACAGGAUUGUGGCCACGGCUGACAUGGUGAAGGGGGUGGUCCCCGGCAGUGCAGUGGUCUACGACUACAUGAUGGACCUGAAUCUCAGCCAUAAUCUGGGACUGGCUGUGAGCGACCAUUUCCCUGUGGAGGUGGAGCUGAUUGGCCACGCUGCUGCUGCCUGA